AUGAGACAAUUAAACCUCACAGAUUUUGUUUUUUUCUUUUUGUUCUUGACUGAAUCCUUAACUUUGACCACGAAGCCUCAGGAUGUAGAUGACUUCAGCGUUACACAGAACUUCAUAGAUGAGAAGAACACUGGAUACCUCACCAUCAUUGAAUUUGCUCAAUAUGUUCAGGAAGCAACCUUUGAGGAAGUGGAGAGGCUCAUGAAUGACAUGCUAGAACACAGAAGGAAAUGCAUGGCGGACAAGACACUUUCAGAAUGUUCAGAAACCGCUAAUAAUAUUUUGCAGGAAAAGAUGUGUGCUAUGGAAGGGUUGCCUCAAAGAUACAACUUUUCACACUGCUGUAGUAAAGUCGACUUUGAAAGACGACUCUGUUUCUUCUACAACAAGAAAGCUGAUGUGGGAUUUUUGCCUCUUUUCCUUACUCUGGAUCCCGAAGAGCAGUGCCAGGCCUAUAAAAAUAACAGAGACUCUUUUCUGAAUCACUAUAUAUAUGAAUUUGCCAGAAGGAACCCCUUUGCCUUUGCUCCUACACUUGUAACUGUGGCUGCCCGUUUUGAGGAGGUGGUAAGCACGUGCUGUGAAGAACAACACAAAGCCUCCUGUUUUGGAGUUAGGGCAGCACCUGUCACACAGUACUUGAAAGCAUUGUCUUCUUAUCAAAAAAAUGUCUGCGGGGCCUUCAUGAAAUUUGGACCCCAAGUUUUAAACUCGAUAAAUAUUGCUAUACUUAGUCAAAAAUUUCCCAAGAUUGGAUUCAAGGAGCUUACUUCUCUCCUAGAAGAUGUUUCUUCCAAGUAUGAUGGAUGUUGCAAAGGGGAUGUUAUACAUUGCAUCCAUGGCAUGGACAAGGUUGUGAGCCACAUUUGUUCAAAACAAGAUUCCAUCUCAAGCAAAAUCAAAGAGUGCUGUGAAAAGAAAAUACAAGAACGCGGCGAGUGCAUACUUAACUCAAAUAAAGAUGAGAAACCAAAGUAUUUAUCUUCGAGAGAAGCAAAAUUUACUGACAAUGAAAAUUUGUGUGAAGAACGAAAUACUGACCCAAACACCUUUUUUGCUGAGUUUCUUUAUGAAUAUGCAAGGAGACAUCCACACUUGUCUAUUCUGGAGCUUUUGAGAAUUGCUGAAGUAUACGAGGAUGUCAUAGAAAAUUGUUGCAACACAGAACACCCUCCGAGUUGUUAUCACAAUGUGGAAGACAAAUUUAAUGAGACAACUGAAAAAAGCCUCAAGAUGGUACAACAAGAAUGUAAACGUUUCCAGAAUUUGGGGAAGGAUGGCUUGGCGUAUUACUACCUUAUCAAACUCACCAAGAGCGCGCCCCAGCUCCCCACUGAAGAACUGAUUUCUCUGGGCAAGGAGACGGUGACGGCUUUGACCACCUGUUGCACACUAAGUGAAGAGUUUGCCUGUGUUGAUAAUUCGAUGGACUUAGUUCUCGGAGACCUGUGUGGUGUAAAUGAAAAUCGAACCAUCAACCCUGCUGUGGGCCGCUGCUGUCAGACCAGCUUUGCCUUCCGAAGGCCCUGCUUGGAGGGUCUGGAAGCUGACCCAACGUAUGUGCCUCCACCGAUUGUGCAAGAUGUGUUUGCCUUUCGUGCAGACUGGUGUCAGACUCAGGAUGAAGAGCUCCAGAGAAAGAAGGACAGGUUUCUUGUCAACUUAGUGAAGCUGAAGCCUGAACUCGCCAAUCAGGAGGUGCAGUCUUUAUUCAUUAAUUUCACUGACACACUGGAGAGUUGCUGCAAAGCUAAGGCACCCGAAGCCUGUUUUAACCAAGAGGUAGUACAAUUUUCCUACUACAAUUUUUCUGAUAUUCCUGGGAAAACAAACUAA